UCCUCCACCGUAGGAUCUCCUGAACUUGGCGCGUUCUGGCUCAUGGACAGGAGGCUCUGCCUUUAAAAGCGGACAGGUGAACACAGUCAGAGCAGAGGGCUUCCCGUCUGAAACACGUUAACUUCAACCGAGAAGCGUUUGACUGAGGGCACAUCACCGACCAUGAGUUCUUCACGCGGCGUGGGAUGUUGUUUGAUGCUUUUAUUCGCUCUUCUGUGCGAUGCGUCGGAUGACCCUACUGUCCAAAAGGACGUUACUGACAAGGUGGUUCAUAAAGAUGGCCUUCAGCGAGAGUUGCCACCUAACCCUGAUGGGCUGAACGUUGUGAUUAUGCAGGGACUUUUUGUACCUGAACUUUCCCAUGUGAUUGGCUCUUCAGACGUGACCCAGGAAGAAGUCCCGAACGUUCACUCGGAGACCGUCCCAAUAGAUCACCCAGUGUUUGGUCCUCGCUUCAUAGCACCAGUGGUUGAUUUCCCCCCAGCCUUUCCAAAUACCGGCAACCUGCAAGAUAUCUGUCAGUUCAGUAAAGCUCCGGUCCGGUACCCUAAGGACAUGUUUCCUCUGGAUGGCUUUGGCUAUGAGACUCGACAGGCUGAUGCUAUCAAUCAACUCCAGUCCUGGUACGGUGUCUGCUGUGGCGUUAAUGGAACACCGGAAGAGAAAAUCUGUUGUGCUGAGCAAGCGUGGAAGAAGAGUCUGGCUGCCUACUGUUUUCAUGAAUUCUCUGUUAAGACCAGUCACUACGUCUGCUGCAAGAUGAGCGAGAUGGCCAGAUGGAGCUGUUUUGAUAAAAGGGCUUCAAAUGCUUCAUAUAACAUCUCCUCCGUGGUCUCCUAUAACGUCUCCUCCGUGGUCUCAAAUGGCAACAGUCCACAAAAGAGUCAAGACUUCAAAUAUAACUCCAGCGCUUGCAAAGGCUCAUCUGAGGCUUCUCCAGGAGCACUUCCGCAGCAGACCGAAGCUCUGAACAUCAGCUUUCCACCUGGCCGUCCUGAUUCCUCCAACAUCGCCCAAAUCUGUGCUCCACACAAGACCCGACCACGAUACAUGCCCAAGCAUCUUCCUAACACUGGCUAUGACUGGCUGAUCCGUCAGUCGAACGCCAUCAAUGUCCUGGAGAGAGAAUAUAACCAGUGCUGUGAGGAGGAAAAGGGCAAGCAACUCUGCGCUGAGAAGAAGUGGAAGAUGAUGGUUGAUGAGUUUUGUAAGGAUGAGAAGAAAGCCGAAGGACAGCAGUUUGAGUGUUGUGCAAAGAAUAAGGAAGAAGAGCAGUACUCCUGUUUUGCAACUUCUGCACCAGAUCCAGAAUAUGUCCACUGAUGAAGCACACCGCCCUUCUGCUCCUCCUCCAGCCCCCCCAGACAUCACGUGAUCCACAUACAACUGUCCAGGGCAUGGAAGACCCGCUUCACUCAAACUUGCACUUGCAUGUGGUUUGUGUGAACGUACAGUAAAAUACAAUAAAAACCACUUAAACUCUUUCCAUUUUAA